AUGAAGCAGGCCGCCAGCGGCCGCAAGGCGACAGCAAAGGCACGGGCAGCCCCAACGCCGCCUGGCAGUCGCUCCAAGGCGGCGGGGCCGGUGCCCGCCUCGGGCUUCAAAGACGGCGGCAGCCGCCCCAAAGGAGUCCCUGCACGCGGGGCGAAAACGAACGCCGGACGACGUCCCUCGAUGCGGAGUGGGGCGCCGGGGCCAAAUGCUUCCGCGACACACGGGACGUAUCGUGAGGCGCCCCUGUUGGGGACUUCUAUGUAUCUGUUGCCGCAACGGCGCCGCACAUCGCCGCUAGGCGUGUCUUUUUUUUGUAGUUUCUUCGUUGCCAGGAUGCGACGCACAAUCGACCGGUACCGCCAGCGAGUGAAGUGGGAAGCGGUGGAGAAGCCGCGAGCGGCUUUUUUGAUACAAACCGCAUGGCGCAAGCGCAAGCAGCGGCGGCGGAUGAGGCUUGUGGUUCUAUCGAAGGUGUUUGUCCCCCUACUGCGUCGGAAACUGGGACGCAUUCGCGCGGCGAAGGAAAGUUCCGCCCUUCUGCUCCAGCGUGUUUUUAGGUCGCAAAAAGAGCGACACUUUAUGCAUUGGCUGUACCAACAAAUGAAGUACGGUCGGGCGCUUGCGUUGCUGCGUAUGCGACUAAAGCGGUAUGUGGCAAGGCAGUAUGUGGCCUUUCUUGCGCUGCAACGCGAUGAGCGGGUGGUGUGGGAGGAGCGCUGUGCCAUGGCUUCACUUUGCAUCAUCCGCGACGAACGCAAGGAGCUGCUUUGGAUUUUGCGGUGCAUGAAGACAACCUCACUUAUGGCUUUUACACCCUUGGGGGCAACCGACAUAUUCACGCAUGAGGAGACGCGCAGUGCUGGGUGCUGUUCCCUUCCCCCGCUUUCGCGGACCGUGCCUAGGUUCCAGCCCACCCGUCUCGUGCAUGCCUCAGGGUCGCUGCGGAGGCACGAGGCCCUGCUCGAGGGAACUUCAAAGACCGCAGCUCGUGUGGAUGCCGACGGCGACAGCGACGGCCCUGUGGCGCGAAACAACAGCGGUAGCGGAACGUCCUGUCUGGGUGGAGGUGGUGCGCUCGUCUGGACCUCCUUGUUGCACAAUGAGGAGGGCGCGCGCCAGCUGGUGCGGGAACUCUUCGCCCCCAAGGAGCCAUGCUACCCUCUCGCGCGGACGGAGCUGCGGCAGAGACCCACCAGCGGAGACACUGAGAAGACGGUCGCGAAGUCCUUUAUUUCUCAGGGUGGUCGCUCCACCGAGACCGAGGGACGUCGGUCGUUGCGGUUGAGUGACGCGGCGGGAGGAAGAGCCGCCUCCGCCAAAGGGCGGCCCAAUGUGGCUUUUGCCGUCGCAAGGCUGCCGCUGGAUGACUCCGGGGCCUCAGUGCAUCACCUGAUGGAGGCGUUUAUUAGCCUACUCAUUUGCACGGAAUCCACAGAGCGAAAGGCACUGGAGUUGGAGCUCCAGAGCCGCCAGAAGGACUUGAUGAAAACAAUGAAUCGUUUUGUGUCCGCCAUUCACGCCUCUCACAUCGCCCCAGCGGUGUACCUUCCGCUUCUUUCAGCGCUGGGGGACACGUGGGUGGUGCGUCGCGCCGAGCAGCUUUUUCGUGAAGAGUAUGAGGCGCGACUGAAACUUGUGGAGGAGUACCAACUGACGCCGCUUCGAUUUUUGAACCGCCCCCUGCUUAACCUGGCGGCGGAAGAGAGGCGGCGGCGCUUGCAAGAGCGCCUGCAGACAAUGCAAAGACGGGAGAAGGAACGAGUGGAGCACGCUGGUGUGGCAUCGCUGCUGCCGGCUGCCGUCGCCACGAACACGCCUUGGCUGGAGGAGGGACAGGCCAUGCUGCGUUUUAUGACUGACGUCUCUGCCCCAGGCAGGCCAGUGAGCCGAGAAGCCCUUGCCGAGGCCUCGACGUUGAAAACGCGAUACCCGACCCCGCACGCUGGGCUUCCACAACCAGCACCGCCGUCGCCGCCGCCGCGAAGGGCGCACGAGAACGCCGUGGCCUCCAGCGUUCCACUUGCAACUUCCGACGGAAGCGCCAGGCGACGAGCACACAGGCACGGCAACUCCCUCGCCACGGCGGGGAGCCCGGCGUUUUCGUAUGCCGUGCCGACAGAGUGGGCGUCACUCCCCGGCCACUUGCCUAUUGGACCGACGCAUCACGAUGCAUUUGCGGAUGGCAAAAGCGGUGCUCCUCGAGACACACCGUUGGCGCGGAUGUCGCCCACUCCAAUAGGCCAUCCCGCGUGCCCUAUUGUUCAGCUUCCGGCCAUAGCUGGCUGUCAACACAGGAGUACGAAGAGCACAGAAAUUAAAAACGGCACCGGUGUGACGGAGAUUCAGUCGUACCAUACAAGUCACCGCCCGCAGUUUCCCACCCCUCGCUUAGUCAACGAAUGCCAGGGGAGUCUGCGGCAGAAGAGGCCCGUGACUACCCGCCCGGAAAGCGCCAGUGGUGGCGUAGAUGCCACAACGACGCAAAAGGGUGGGGAGCUUGGGAUCUACUCCACCAACUGCGGCUCCCAACGCGGGGUGCCCAUUCCACUCCUGCGCUAUUCCUCCAGGCCAGAGCGCAGCCACGUGUUUGCGUUCCCGCGCCCCUCCUUUGCCCUCGGGAACGAUUCAGUUACGGGCAAGGAAAGUGGCGCCGACUACGUUCGAAUAGGCCUUCGCUGCCCGUCGCCAAAUCGGCCCGCCACAGGGCUUACGGGCGUUGGUGACUCCAUAGGGCCCACGCAGUCAAGCUCGUGCAGAGAGCAACCUUCUUCUUUCAGGGUACAGAGUGAGCAGGCCUCAAUCGCGAGGAAGCAAAGAAGGAGGUUGCCUGAAACCUCCAGCCUGAGCUUUGUAAGUUAG